UAAAUACAAGAAUUUUUGAAAUAUGUUCGAUGUUCCACCCAAAUGCCCGGCACUGGCUAACAAAUUGAGCGGACUCUUUGGCUGGCGACACACCUACAAGGUGGCAUCCAAGCAUGAGGGCAUAUCACAUGGCAAUCUCCACAAAUCCUAUUCCCUGACAUUGCCCAAGCGUCCGCCAUCGCCAUCAAAUUAUUCGUGUAUGAAGCCCGAUUCAUGGGUGAGCGUGACCCAUUUACAAACACAAUCGGGAAUCCUCGAUCCAGAUGAUUGUGUACGCGAUGUGGCCGAUGAUCGAGAACAGAUAUUGGCCCAUUUUGAAGAUCCCGGCCCGGAUCCGGGUGUGCCGCAGGGCGGCGGUGAUGGUGCUUCGGGCAGCUCAUCGGUGGGCACCGGUUCGCCAGAUAUUUUUCGCGAUCCAACCAAUACAGAGGCGCCCACACGAGAUCUCUCGACGCCGCAUAUUGAAGUGACCAGCACAACAUCGGGACCAAUGGCUGGUCUGGGUGUGGGUUUAAUGGUGCGCCGCAGCAGUGAUCCCAAUUUGCUGGCCUCUCUCAAGGCUGAGGGCAGCAAUAAACGUUGGUCGGCUGCUGCUCCGCACUAUGCUGGCGGGGAUUCGCCUGAACGUUUGCUCUUGGACAAGGCUGGGGGUCAAUUAUCACCCCAGUGGGAAGAGGAGGAUGAUGGCGGCGGCGGUGGUGGAGGGGCUGGACAGCAACAUCAUCAGCAUCUCCAGCAUAAAUCGGAUCCAAUGGCAACUGCAUCUGGAGCAACAGCAGCAGGAGGAGGAGCCACAGCCAAUCAUCAGCCAUUUGCUCGUUCCGGUCGCUUGUCGAUGCAAUUUCUUGGAGAUGGCAACGGCUACAAAUGGAUGGAGGCUGCCGAGAAGCUACACCAUCAGCACCAUCAACAACCACAUCAGACUCAUGCCAUCACUUCGGCCCAAGCGCAAUCCUCAUUGCCAAAUAGUGCCUAUUCCAGCAAAUCCUUACCCAGAGAGAGCAAGCGUAAGGAACCCCUGGGACAGGCGUAUGAAUCCAUACGGGAGAAAGAUGGCGAAAUGCUGCUAAUUAUCAAUGAGUACGGCAGUCCAUUGGGUCUUACGGCUCUGCCAGAUAAGGAGCAUGGCGGUGGACUCUUGGUCCAGCACGUAGAACCCGGCAGUCGAGCCGAACGUGGUCGCCUCCGUCGCGACGAUCGCAUCCUCGAAAUCAAUGGCAUUAAACUGAUUGGUCUAGCCGAAUCCCAGGUCCAAGAGCAGUUACGUCGUGCCCUAGAGUCCUCGGAGUUGAGAGUGCGGGUCCUACGUGCCGAUCACCAGCGACGUCAACGGCAGCGUUCCGAUUCCAAAGUUGCUGAAAUGGUGGAAGUGGCCACCGUGUCGCCCACACGCAAACCCCAUGCUGCUCCCGUAGGCACAUCCCUGCAGGUGGCCAAUACCCGUAAACUGGGACGUAAAAUUGAGAUCCUGCUGAAGAAAGGACCCAAUGGCUUGGGCUUCUCGGUGACCACGCGUGACAAUCCAGCUGGCGGACACUGCCCCAUCUACAUUAAGAAUAUAUUACCACGCGGAGCUGCCAUAGAAGAUGGCCGCCUAAAGCCCGGCGAUCGUCUGCUAGAAGUUGACGGCACUCCAAUGACAGGGAAAACGCAAACCGAUGUGGUGGCCAUACUUCGAGGAAUGCCAGCUGGUGCCACUGUACGGAUUGUGGUGUCGCGACAACAGGAACUGGCCGAGCAGCCAGCCCCAUCAGAACCUUUGGAGAAGCCAGUGGCAGUUCCUCCUCCAUCAUUGCCAGGAGCAGUUGCUGGUCCAUCAUCAUCAUCAUCAUCUAAUGCCAAUAUGCAGGUACAAAAGUCCAGUUCGGCUCGUUCACUCUUCCAGUCGCAGCUAAACGAAUCUCAGCACUUCAUUGAUGCGGGCAGCGAGUCGGCAGCUUCAAACGAUAGUCUGCCUCCUGGAAACAACAGCUGGCAAUCACGUGAGGAACUUACUCUUCACAUACCCGUUCACGAUACGGAAAAGGCCGGCCUUGGUGUUAGUGUCAAGGGCAAGACCUGUUCGAAUCUAAAUGCUUCCACCUCAUCAUCCUCGUCGACGUCUCACAGUAAUGGCCAAAUGAAGCAUGACGGUGAUCUGGGAAUAUUCGUGAAGAAUGUGAUUCACGGCGGUGCCGCCUCCCGCGACGGCCGACUGCGCAUGAACGACCAAUUGCUUAGCGUGAAUGGUGUGUCGUUGCGUGGGCAAAAUAAUGCCGAGGCUAUGGAGACACUACGUCGCGCCAUGGUCAAUAAUCCGGGUAAACAUCCAGGCACCAUAACUCUGUUGGUGGGUCGAAAGAUAUUGCGCUCGGCCAGCUCCAGUGAUAUAUUGGAACAGCAGGCGGCAGCUGCCUCGAUUGGUGGUCUCAAUCAUAGCACGAGCAGCAGCAGCGGCGGCGGCGGUGCCGGCGGUGGAGGUGGCGGAAGCAACACUAAUAAUAGUAGUUCCAAUGCCAGCGAUAACUCGGGAGCCACUGUCAUCUAUUUAAGUCCCGAAAAGCGUGAGCAGCGCAUCAAUGGAGGAGGCGGAGGAGGAGCAAAUGUCGGCAGCGAUAUGAAUCGAUGGAGCAAUCCCGUUUUGGAUCGUCUAACCGGAGGUAUUUGCUCCACAAAUUCAUCGCAGCCAUCCAUGCAGCAGCCAUCAAUGCAGCAACACCAACAGCACCAGCAGCAGCAGCAGCAGUCAUCCGUGUCCCAGCAGCAGCGUCGCCUGCCACCUCCACCGGGCGCCUCGUUGCGCAAUGAAUCAUAUUACAUGGCUACCAAUGAUAACUGGUCACCGGCUCAGCUGCAGUUGCUCAAUGGGCAUGGGAAUACGGCUCUGCUUAUCGAAGACGAUGCCGAACCAAUGUCUCCAACCCUACCGGCGCGUCCGCAUGAUGGCCUUCACUGCAGCGCGAGCAGUGCUAACACAUCAUCGCAAGCAAACGCCACUCCAGGAGGCGGAGGAGGAGUAGCAGGUGGACCCGCUGUCACUGGCAACUUUGAUGCCACAUAUUCCUCACAGCUUAGCUUGGAGACAAACAAUUCUGGUGUGGAGCAUUUCUCACGUGAUGCAUUGGGACGACGCAGCAUUUCGGAGAAACAUCAUGCCGCUCUGGAUGCCCGCGAAACGGGCACCUAUCAACGGAAUAAGAAACUCCGUGAGGAACGAGAGCGCGAACGACGCAUUCAGUUGACCAAAUCGGCUGUUUAUGGUGGGUCCAUUGAAUCCCUAACAGUCCGCAUAGCCAAUGCCAAUGCCCAGUUGGCUGGAUAUAAGCACGCAAAGACAGCGUCCAGCAUAGAGCAGAGAGAACAACUUCAAUUGGCCGCCGAAGCGGAGGCCAGGGAUCAAUUAGGCGAUUUGGGACCAUCGUUGGGCAUGAAGAAAUCCUCAUCCCUGGAGUCCCUACAGACGAUGGUCCAGGAGCUGCAAAUGUCGGAUGAGCCACGCGGCCAUCAUGCGUUGCGUGCGCCACGCGGACGUGGUCGCGAGGACAGUUUGCGAGCGGCAGUUGUUAGUGAACCAGAUGCAAACAAGCCGCGUAAGACCUGGUUACUAGAGGAGGGCGACCAUGAGGGAGGCUUUGCCUCCCAACGUAAUGGUCCCUUCCAGAGCUCUUUGAACGAUGGCAAACAUGGCCAUAAGUCGCGUGCCAAAAAACCAAGCAUACUGCGUGGCAUUGGACACAUGUUCCGCUUCGGCAAGAAUCGUAAGGAUGGUGUGGUGCCAGUGGAAUCCACUUAUGCGGUCACCACAUCGCCACCCUCAUCGGUUGUCAUCUCCACCACAAAUAUUCCGCCAACGGCAGCUCCACCCCCCAUUCCCACAGCCGCUUUGGCUGCAAUGGAGAGAAAUGUUGGUAAACCACCAGCCUAUCAGCCCCCGCCACCGCUUCCAGCUCCAAAUGGUGUGGGAUCACUGCAUGGUGGUAUACAUCAGAAUGAUAUAUUUAAUCAUCGCUAUCAGCACUAUGCCAACUACGACGAUUUGCAGCAACAUCAGCAGCAGCAGCAGCAACAACAGCAGCAACAGCAGCAGCAACAUCAUCAAAUUAGUGAUGCCAGCUCGAUACAAGAGACGCUCUCGGAAUCAACAUUGGAAUGCAUGCGCCAACAGGUGAUCAGACAACGCAUUAAGGUGGAGGCUGAAAGUCGUCGUCAUCAGCAUUACCAUUCGCAACGCAGUGCCCGCUCCCAGGACAUCAGUCUUCAUUCAUCCGCCUCUGCUUCUGUCUCUGCCUCUUCAUCGCAUCAACAGCCAUCGUCAGGCGUGACCAAUGGCAUGCGUCCCAUCAGCAGCUUUUACGAAUAUGAGACAGUGCAACAGCAGCGCGUGGGCAGCAUUAAGCAUAGCUCCUCAUCCUCAUCAUCGCCCAUCAAUGUGCCGCACUGGAAGGCUGCUGCCUUGAAUGGAUAUUCGCCGGCUAGCCUCAAUAGCAGUGCACGCAGUCGUGGACCCUUUGUCACCCAGGUGACUAUUAGGGAGCAACAGCAUCAACAUCAUCACCAUCAACAGCAGCAGCAACAGCAGCAGCAGCAGCCCACCUAUCAGACAGUACAGAAAAUGAUUGGAGCACCCACAUCGUCAUCAUCCCAGCCACAUGCCUCUAAAGUUUGACUAUAGGUGCUGGCGCAUGCGCGCGCCUCACGCGAUGUCCUGCUCCUUGAGCAGGGUCAAAAAAUGGGAGAGAUCAAUGAGGUGGAAGUGUUCUACUAUGCCACCGAGUGCUAAUAAAAACAAAAAUCAAAGAGCAUUCCCAAACCUAAUCCUUCCUAUGCGAGAGACGUUAGCAGCCGGCAACAAUUUAGUGCAGUGAACAACCAACAUUUAUUUAAUAUAUAUAUAAUGUUUUUUUUUUCGUUUUUUUUUUUUUUACUUUUUAAAACACAUGAAAUGAAUUUUGUCUAAAAAAAUUUCCCAGCAUUACAUUUAAGUUCAUUUAAUUGUAGAAUUGUGUAAACUUAGUUCAUUCUCGUGACCCAAUUGGGUCCUUAAUUACUAUUUUUUAUAUCAUCAUAGAAUGAACUUGAAACUAAAUUUGUUUAUUCGUUCAUUGCAAUAUUAUUAAGUCACUUAUGUAUAAUGAGGAGUUCACUAAUGAACUUAUUCAACUCAAAUUAUUCCAUUUAGGAAACACACAAAGUAUUCCAAUUUCAUUAUAGAGAUUUGUAUAUACAUAUAAUCAAGUAAAAAAAAGAAAUGAAAAAUAUUUACAAAGUUGAACAGAAAAUAUGUCUCAAGUUCUUUGUAAAUAUUUAAUUUCUUUUUUUCUUUCUUUCUCGUGCCCAGGCUUUAAGGCGAAUGCCAUUUUUUUCCCCAACACAAGAAUUCAUACUUUAAUGUUAAAUCUUAAGUACUUAAAUUCCAGCAAAUAAAUGAAAGACAACGUUUAAUUUGAUUAUUUACCUAUAAAUAUAUAUACAUUAAUGAAAUAUAUUAUUAAAGGACAUAACAUUAAUUUGAUAAACUAGAAAUAUUAAGUAUUUUUGUAUAUAAUUGAGCGAAACAAAUAUUUACAAAGCUGAGAAAAAGAAAAUGUCGCAAGUGUCCUUUGUAAAUAUAUAUAAAUAGGUAUAUAUUUUUUUUGUGCCUAGGCUUUAAGGCGGACGCCAUUUUCUUAAGUGAAACUUAAAUAUUUUUUUCCCCAAACUUAAAGUAAUAAUUUACUAAAUGUUAAGUACUUAAAUACCGGUCCACAAAUUAAAAGAGAGAGACAACGUUUAUUUAGAUUAAUUAUAUAUACAUAAAUAUUAUACUACACAAUAUAUAGUAUAUACAUAAAUAGUUUAAAGAACAAUAUAACAUUAAUUAAAUAUACUAAAUAAUAAGUAUUUUGUAAAUUGUGAAAUUGUAUUGCGAAAAUUAAAAGCAACAAACUGUCGAUUUCCCUCAAAAA